CUUCCGCCCGUCGGAAACGUCAUUUAUCCGCGACGCACGGGCCGUUUCAUACCUCCCCACGUUUACUGAAAAUGUUGUAAAAGCUCUUAACAAACUGCACCAUCACAUGAGUUAACACCCGCUGUUAGUGUGUGUCAUGGCCUCUAAACGACCGCAGGGAGACAGUGAGAGGACGGAGAAGAAGAAGAAGAAGAACUGCGAGGAGACAGCUGAACUUUGCUCAGUUGUAGACGACGAGCAGGUGAAGAGGGCUGUGAGGGAGGCGUGGAGCCAGAAGACUCACUACAGCCACGGAGAUCUGGAGCUGGACUGCCACCCGUUUCCUCACUGCAUCAUCCGGAACUUCCUCGACAGGGAGACCUUCGUAGAGAACCUGCAGACAGAACUGCUGGGGCUCAACUUCCACGAGAAGUCAAACGAUCUGUACAAAUUUAAACAGUCAGAUGACUUGAAGAAGAGAAAAGAGCCACAUAUUACAGGACUAAGGGCAGCUCUGUUUGGGCGUUUCCGCUCCUGGCUCGGGGAAGUGUUGGGGGUCGAACUGGAGCCCACGGUGGAUAUUUCAUGUGCCAGAUAUGAAUACACUGAUGUUCUUUUGUGCCAUGAUGAUGAGUUGGAGGGGAGGCGCGUUGCUUUCAUCCUGUAUCUGGUGCCUCCGUGGCAGAGCAGCGACGGGGGAACCCUCGAUCUCUACUCAAUAGACAGUGACUUCCAGCCACAGAGCAUAGUAAAGUCGCUCGUACCGUCUUUGAACACGCUCGUCCUUUUUGAAGUUUCUCCCGUCUCCUUUCACCAAGUGUCAGAGGUUUUGACAGAGGACAAGUGUCGCCUGUCGCUGAGCGGCUGGUUUCACGGUCCGUCUUUGGAACGUCCUCCCCGCCACAUAGAGGCCCCCAUCUCACGGAGCCCACACUUACCGAGAGAUGAAACGGUGCUGCUGGAGUGGGUCAAUCCAGUCUACCUGGACAUUUCCUAUCAAGAGCAGAUUCAAGAGGAGUUUGAGGACAGCUCUGAAAUUCAGCUCAAAGAUUUUCUCAAGGAGGAGAAGUUCAGGGAGGUGAGUGAAGCGCUACGAGUCGCUCAGAUUCAGUGGACGAAGAGGGGUCCCCCCAAUAAGAGGUGCUAUGAUGUGGCCUCUCUGGAUACCCUGCCGCAGUGUGUGGGUGAAUGUUGGGAGCUGCUGCGUUCAGAGUCUUUCUUCCUGCUUCUCUCCAACUUCACCGGCCUUCAGUUGCACUACCUGUGUCCUGCUGAUGAUGAGGAUGAGGAUAAAGAGGAAGAUGAGGAUGUACCAGAGAGUGGAGAAGCCACGGGGUCAUCAGCCCAAUCACAAUCAGCGAAUACAAGCAGAAAAAAAGAGCCAAGCACACCUGUAUGUUGUGGUGAACUGCGUCGAUGGUCUCAUGGCGGCUAUACUCUGUUGCACGAUGCAGAAGCAGCACAGGCCGAGUACGCUCUGGACCUUGUUUUGCCUUUUUGCAGUGCUGAGUGGCAGUCAGAGUUUGGGGGCUACACAUGUUAUGUUGCCAAUGAAGAGGACGAGGAGCUUCUCACGGUGUAUCCAGAGAACAAUUCCCUCGCCCUCGUCUACAGAGACAAAGAAACCCUCAAAUUUGUCAAACAUGUCAACCACAGAAGUUCCUCUGAUUCUGGCAACAGUUCAACCUGCAGAGCAUUGUAUGACUUCUCUUUUGUAUACUAUGAAUAAAUCUAUAUAUAGUACAUCUAU